AAAAGGUUGCAUGCCCUUUCUCGUGCUCUGAGUUUCUGUUCCGUUCUUUUCUUCUUUACUGAAAAGCUGUGGAAAUGUCAAGCGAUUUUAUUCUUUUAUAUCUCCGGCUUUGAACUUGACCACUUUGUGUUCAUCUUUUCAUCUUACUGUAGGGUCUUUUCACAAUGCUUUCAGCUGCUUCUGUGGUUUUUAAGGAUUUAAACCCAUGGGAGUGGGUUCUGAACUUCAAACUCCUGUUCAAGUUACCUUAAACUCUUUCUGGGAUACUGUAGCAUACUGACCAAGUAGAAAUUUCGUUGAACUUUGGAGUUGGAGCAAACCAGACCGGUCUCAAUGAUUUCUCCAAUGGAAAUUAUUCUCAACCUGAUCACACCAGAGUCCUCUCCAUCCACCUCUCCGACAAAUACAAUUGAGAGGCUGGAGGGCAGUCUGGCUCAGGCAUCACUCUGCAAUGUGGACAGCGCUCAGGCCGGGUCAGAGGACUCGCCGCUCGACCCCCAGCGGGCACGGCAGACCAUAGCGCAGCUCCAACAGAAGAUCCUGAGGCUUACGGAGCAGCUGCGCAUCGAGCAAGCGGCACGUGAUGCAAAUGUGGCCGAGUACCUCAAGCUCGCCAACAACACCAAUGACAAACAGCAGAGCUCCCGGAUUAAACAGGUCUUUGAGAAGAAAAACCAGAAAUCGGCAGCGAGUAUCGCACAGCUACAGCGCAAGCUGGAGCACUACCGGCGUCGUCUCCGCGAGGCUGAGCAUGGUGGUGACGCGGCACGCCAGCACAAAGGUGUGCUGCGCGAUGUUCAGCAGGGUCUACGUGAUGUGGGUGCGCGCGUUAUCACAGGUCUUAAUGACGGUGUGGUGAACAGCGUGCGGGGCGGCCUGUCCAGCUUCUCACACGCUACACACACUGCGGCCGGGGCCGUGGCCUCUAAGCCACGCGAGAUCGCCUCGCUCCUGCGCAACCGCUUUGGCAGCGCCGACAAUAUUAAUGUGCUAAAGGAUGGAGAGGAUGUCAAUGGUGCCAACAGCAGCGGGCACUUGCAGGGCAGCCCACGGUUUGGCAGCGAGGAGGACUGCUCAAGUGCAACGACGGGAUCGGCCGGUACCAACAGUGUGACAGGGGGAGUGGGAGGCCCACCCAGCUCUAGGGGCAACACACUGGAGCGGGGAAAUAGCAUGGGCAUGGAGAUGCUGUUACAGGAUGUCCAGGAGCUCAGGGAGGUUCAGGCUCGUCUAGGUGAAUCUCUGGAGGAGCUAAAGGCCCACUGCCAACGAGACUACACGUUGUCCUUACGGAUACUGCAGGAGGAGCGGUUCAGGUGUGAGCGGCUGGAGGAGCAAUUGAACGACCUGACGGAGCUUCACCAAAAUGAAAUACUGAACCUAAAACAGGAGCUGGCCAGCAUGGAGGAGAAAAUGGCUUACCAAUCCUAUGAGAGGGCUCGAGACAUACAGGAGUCACUGGAGGCCUGUCAGACACGCCUCUCCAAUAUGGAGCUCCAACAGCAACAUCAGCAAGUGGUGCAGCUAGAGGGCCUUGAGAAAAACACGGCGCGCGCCCUGGUCGGCAAGCUAUUCAACAUCGUGCUCACAUUUAUGGCCGUUAUCCUGGUGUUUGUGUCUACUGUGGCCCCCAUGAUGAAAACACGCAGCCGCAUUUUCUUCACACUGCUCCUCCUCCUGCUUUCCAUCUUACUAUGGAUAAACUGGGACGCACUCUCAGGACACACACUUCGAUUUCUUCACGUGCCAAGAUGACGACGACGACGACGCUAACCUCAACGCCAGUGGUGCUUUGGACAUCAGGAAGCCACAGCCAACAGUCAACCAUCCAGAGACAUGAAAAUAAUCUGUGAAAAUAAACUUCCUUUUUUUAUUUUAAAGAAAAGGUGUAUACGUUUACAUUUUGAAAGUAUGAAUUUAGUCUGCCUUUUCGUGUGGCACCUUUUUAUAAGGACAUUGUAAUAAUGAUAAAUGUUAUUCCAUCAAUUUAUAACACAUUUUGUUUUCUAUUAUGAUCAGUUGCAUGUAGCAUCAAAGUCCUGUUACUGAAACAUGUCAUGGGAAUUUAUUCAGAUGUUGCACUUGAAAAUUUCCUCCCCAUCACUGCCUUUGUUAGAUUUGUUUGUAAAUCUUCCCGGCUGCCUUUAAGGGGAGGAGUGUAUGCACUUUCAGCUAUGAUUAGCAGUGUUAGCCUAUUCUGCCAUCAUUUUGUUCACUGCACUGGAUUUAACAUUGAAGGGGGAACCUGAAUGGACUGAUGGACAUACUUGAAGAGGAUGGUACUAUAGGGAACUUCUGUGCUUCCGUGUUGUUUCUAUUAGCAAUGUAUUACCACUUUCAGGAACUUUAUAAUAUUUGAAUGGUAAAAAAAUAAUAAUUAAUGUUCAUUGAA